ACCAACAAAACAAAACAGAACAUUGUGGAAUCUCGAGAAAGAAACAAGAGAAGUAGUAACGAAACUGAUCGAGAAAAAUAAAAACACAAAACAAAAUUCGAAUACUCUACUCGCUGCAAUGAUAUCGCCUUCUAAGAAAGACGGCAUACUUGAAUUAAAGGAAAUUGUGGAUGAAUGCAAGACAUUUUGCGUUGCAGGAAAGCAAACAACUGCCAAUCUUUUGACAUGGGCGUUUCUCCUUCUCGGGUUACAUCAGGAAUGGCAAAACAAAGCUCGAGAAGAAGUUGAUCGCGUAUGUGGUCAAAAUGCAUUUCCUCGUGCCGAUAAUUUGGCAGACUUAAAGAUCGUUACCUUGAUCUUAAAUGAAACGCUUAGACUCUACCCACCAGCUGGAAUGAUGACGAGACAAGUCUUGGAAAAUGUGAAACUCACGUGUGGACUUGAUAUUCUAGCUGAUACGCGACUUUUCUUGGCCAUGACUGCGGUCCAUCAUAAUGUAAGAAUAUGGGGAGAAGAUGCAAAUGUGUUCAAUCCCAUGAGAUUUUUGGAGCCUAGGAACCAUUUAGCCUUGUUCUUCCCUUUCGGCUUGGGCUCCACGGUUUGUGUUGGCCAAAAUCUAGUAUUUGUGGAGGCUAAAAUUGUCUUGGCUAUGAUCAUUAGCCGUUACUCGUUUGUUGUUUCACCUUUAUAUGUCCAUACUCCAAUGCAGUCACUAGCUUUGCAACCGCAAUUUGGUGCUCAAAUUAUAUUCACUAGGAGCUGAAAACUUGUUCAACAAUUAGACUAGACGGUAUGGGGGCCGGCUUAGGCCCGGCCUGGCCCGGCGCCGGUCCCCCACACCGCCCC